GCUACAGAACAAAUAGUUAAUCUCUUAAAGCCAUUUGAAGAGAUUACAAGACACAUUUGUGAAUCAAAGUAUCCCACUUUGAAUCUUGUAUACCCCUAUAUUCGAACUUUAAAAAAUAAAUUCAUGCCGAAAAGUGAAAAUAGUGAAUCAUAUGAAGCUUGGAUUACCCUAAUUUAUGGCUCAGAAGAUUCGGAUACCAGCAAUAAUUCAAGUAUUAGUAGUGACAACGAAGCUGAUAUACCAUCAGCAGGAAAUCGUCAACAAUGGCAGUAUGUACAUCGAAAAUUAGAAGAUUCUAAUUCUGUAGAAUACUUAUCACCUAAUUCAUCUAAUAUAAUAGGUUUAAAGGCUUCUAUUUUAGACCCCCGAGCAUUAAAAUUACUUCUAUUUGCUACAACUCAAGAGCGGAAAGAAACUGAAGCCCAAGUUCAUGCUGAAUUAUUGUCAUUUGAAAAUCAAAUGAAUAUUUCAAGUAGUGCUGAAAUAGAAAGAAGUAUAGUACCUAUUAGUGAAGAUCCUCAAGAUUCUCUAAGUGCCGAAUUAUGGGGAUCAUUGUUAAUACCUGAUAAUGUUACUGAUAAAGAUGAAUUCACCCGAUACAUGAAAGAACCA